AGGCGGGAAUAUUGUUUUGCACCUGGGCGGGAAAGAACAUAGGGACAGCCCUACUUUUAUCCAAAGUACUGUGGAAACGAAUCGUGUUUAGGUUAUCGUUUUAAUAAUGUGUACCGCGUGAAUGCACAACAAACAAUAAUAUUGUUUAUUAAAAUGUCGACUAUACUCAGAAAUAUUGCCACGAAGUUGCAAACAUAUUCACAUCAAGCGGUAAAAUUCUGCACAGCAGUUGUAAAUGAGAAAACCAGUCAAGAAGUUACUCCGAUCAUCCUCAAGAACAACUACAGGGAUGAUAAUUUCCUUUAUCAAAAACAACGGCAAGUUUGGCUGGAGAAUUUAGAUACAGUCGAAAGGAAGAAAUUAGGACUAGUGUAUCUGCAUCCUGAGAUUUACGGAGCAUCGCCGCGAAUAGAUAUUAUUCAUCAGAACGUUAGAUGGCAAAGAAUGUAUCGCUUCGUGUCGUACGCGCAUACAAAAACUCGCGCGGAAGUAAAAGGCGGUGGUAGAAAACCUUGGCCUCAAAAGGGACUGGGUCGUGCACGUCAUGGAAGUAUACGUUCGCCAUUAUGGAAAGGCGGUGGCAAAGCGCACGGUCCCCGAGGUCCUACCCCUCAUUUUUACAUGCUUCCCUUCUUUUCCCGUGUCGCGGGACUUACAUCUACAUUGUCCGUAAAACUUGCUCAGGACGACCUAUAUAUUGUUCCUAAUUUGGAAAUUCCAACGAAAGAACCCAGUUUUAUAGAAGAGUUAAUUGAAAAUAGAAAUUGGGGUCCUUCGGUACUUUUCGUCGAUACCAACGAUAUUAUGCCCACUAACAUAACAGCAGCUACCGAUUCUAUCAAUCACGUUAACUUGAUGCCUGCGUACGGGUUAAAUGUGUAUAGUAUGCUGAAACACAAUACUUUGGUUCUUACCGAAAGAGCUGCACGUUUACUCGAAGACAAACUAUUAUACCAAAUGAAUAGAAUAGAUUGUAUAAAGCUGACAAAACCAUUCAAAAUUGGUCAACAAUAAAAAAAAAAAAAAACAACAAAAACGAAUUCAAUAAAUGUUUAGUAUUUGCCAAUGUAUAUUUAGUUUUAUUACCAGUAAAUAGUUCUCUAUCCUUGUAAGAAUUAAGCGAAAA